AUGCUAAACGAAACUUGCAAUUUUGAGCAGCCACGUGGAUUUCCAAUAAUUCAUUACAUAUGCUGCUCAUUAUCGUUUCCAACAUAUCUUUUGGCAUUUUGGAUUCUAAUUUUCAAGUGUCCAUCGCAUUUUAAUACGUAUAGAAAUUACUUGGUGGUGCACAUAUUUUCCGGCUUAUUACUGGAACUUCAUAUGGGCAUGAUUUGGAAAGCAACUGUAGUCUUACCUAUUCCAAUAAUGUGCUCAAAUAGCUUUACUGCUGAGUGUGCUCCAAUCGUUUUUCAAUUCCUUCCACCUCUUCUGAUGUUUACUGGACUUUCAACCGUCUUACUUUUCAUACAUCGAAUGGAAAUUGUAGUUAUUCAUCGACUGAAACAAUUUUACUAUAGAAGAAAACUCGCGCACAUUUGCAAGUAUUCAUUUUUCUUGACUUCUACUGUUCUUUUAAUUUUAUCCGGUUUAAUUUACCCCGACUUGAAAUACCAAAAGCCUUACAAGAUAAAAAUGGAACAGAGAUUCGGAAAAUUUGAAUCAUAUAUGUGGUGUGAUAACUGUUUCUUCCUGAACUUUGACUCCAACUUUUUCAAGAGCUUCUACGGUGGAGGAGCUUUUGCCGUUUUACUUGGGUUUCUCACAUCGGCUCUUGCAUUUCAUGUGACUUUCCGAACUUUAAAAUCUCUGAAAUCUCAGUUGUCCCCCCAAACUGCAGCACUUCAAAGGAACUUUGUGAUCAGUUUGGUUAUGAUGAAUUCCCGUAUCUCCCUUAUAUGCUUGAAUUGAUAAUUCAAGAACAUGGUGCAUUGUCUACUAUCACAAUGUUUUUGACUAACAAUUUGUUACGAAAAACAUUGAUGAAGCUGGUCUUGAGAAAACAAGAAGUAACCAGGAACCAUAUCAAUCAAAAUCCAAGUACUGCUGCCUAG